AUGGGCGUCAAGCGUGAUUAUUGGGAGGAUUCAUCAUCAAUCUUGCAUGGAGCAAGGGGCUGGGGGGACAAGAUGCCAAGCGAGGCACAGCUUGUGGAAAAGCAGCGAAGGCUUUGGGGGAAGGAAGCCUCAGCCAUGGAACCGUGCCGCUCUACGCGAAUUGAUGGGUUAGAAUCCCUGUUGCGAAACACUGUUGUACCCGGCUUUCCGCUCAUUUUCAUUUUCGUCCCUUAG